AUGUGGCACUCGUGUGAAGCAACUCAGCAUGUGGCUGUUUUCAUGAAGACAUGGAGCACAGACAAAGCCGUGCUUGUUCUAGACAGGACUCUGCAUGGAGAGAGGAGGAAUAAUGUGGAGGAGAGGGUCUCAUACUGGCUGAAUCUUACUUCCCUUCAGGGGUCUGAGGUGAUUCUCACAUCUACGUUUCACUUCUUUUUUGACAAAUGGCCACGCCAGAGGUCCUGGUUCUGCAAGCGCUUCAAGAACCCCUCUUGUCGCAUCCCGAACUUCCAUCUGCUACCCUCUGUCUGUCUUCUUUUCCGGUCUCCCUCCUUUAGCUCAGCCCAGGGAUCACUACUCGGAAACAUCACCGUAGUUCCUCACAGACGUGGGACCUGGCAGAGCAAGGAUGUGUCUGUCAUUAUAAAAGAGGCCCGAGAUAAGAAUGAUCUUUUGGUCACCGUGGAGUUUGACUAUGGAGAGCAGUAUCAAGGGUAUCAGGACCAGCUCCCGUCCUCCAGCCUUCCAUACUUGCUGGUGUAUGCUAAUGACCUGGCCAUUUCAGAGCCCAACAGCGUGGCUGUGAGCCUACAGAGAUAUGACCCUUUCAUUGCAGACCAGCAGCCAACUCAGUCUCCGGACUCCUCACCUGACAUACGUGUGAAGCGGGAACUGGACUUGGACUUCUCUGAUCCCAUUGAGAACAAUGAGCUCCCGGAGGUGGAGUACAACAGCUUCAAACAGCACGAUAUGUGGGAAAGCGCUUACUUUGCACUCAAGCCAAAGCCCUUUAAAAAAGAACGUCGGAGGAAAGGCCAGGAGCAUGCUGAUGGAUUCGGCAAGUCUCAGGUUCUCCGGUUUGAUGAGAAAACCAUGAAGAAGGCUCGGAGGAGACAGUGGAAAGAACCUUGCAGCUGUUCCAGGAGGUACCUGAAGGUAGACUUUGCAGAUAUCGGGUGGAAUGAAUGGAUCUUGUCUCCCAAGUCUUUCGAUGCCUUCUACUGCGCAGGAACAUGUGAAUUCCCCAUUCCAAAGGUAGUCCGCCCCUCCAACCAUGCAACCAUCCAGAGCAUAGUCAAGGCCGUUGGGAUAAUUCCAGGUAUCCCAGAACCCUGCUGUGUUCCAGAGAAGAUGAACCCCCUCAGUGUUCUAUUUCUGGAUGAGAGCAAAAACAUUGUGUUGAAGAUCUACCCCAACAUGUCUGUGGAGACGUGCACUUGCAGAUAG